GAAAAACACAGCUCCUCGUCACGCUGUAGCGCGGCGCAGCGGGAAAAAGGCUCUGCAAAAAAUACACACAGCUCAUCCAAAACAGAGCAGCGCAGCGCAGCCAUGCCCGACCAGGACACAGAUCUAUUACAAGGCCGCCUGAAAAAACUCACGCGCUCCCCCGCGUCGCGCACCUUCGACACGUGGCAAGCCAGAGACUGCGAGGUCGACCGCGCGAGCGGGACCUUUGCAUAUGCGUCUUCUGAUAAACCCCGCAAGGCCCUGACCUUGAGUGGUGCGAAGGUAAGGACGAUGGAGCCGUACAAGGGCAAGCCCUUCGUCUUCGUGCUGGAUUUUAGCAGUGGCGAGCCGCUGACGCUCGCAACAACAACAAGUGAAGAACGCGAUAAAUGGGUCCGCUUCAUCAAACAAACGGCCAAAUUGUUAGCUGUGCGCAAACAUAAAGCGGGCGAAGGCCUGAACCCGGACCAGGCCUGGCCGGAAGCUAGGCGGUACAAAACGGGCGAAAAAGCAAGCCGCGCUUCCGCAAAAGACGUCGACCGUUUGCAAGACGAGACGCUGGAUGUGGUCGGAAGGAUGCGGCGGCAGCUCUCGGGGACACGAGAAAUCGCGGCGGCUACUUCUGAUACGUUAAAACAACAAGGGGAGCAGAUCGAGCAGACGACGCGCGAUCUUGAUAGGAUGAACCACGAGCUGAAGCAAGCGGACCGGAACCUGUCUCAACUCGAGAGCUGGCGCAUCUUUGGGGGCAAGAGCAAGAAGAAGGGGAGGAAGGCCGAGAAAAUGGCCCGGGCGCAUUCUAGUAGAUUCCCCGACGAUGAUGCCAAGGAGGUGUCGCCGCCGCGGCGCCGCCGGUCCUCCAACGACGGUUCGAAGUCGCCCGCGUCACUCCCAUCGUCGAGGAAACCGUCGCGUUCGAACAUCGUCGAUGGCCUGGAGGGCCGCGACGCCGACGAGGCGGCGGCGCUGGAUACCAUAAGGCGCAAGGACGAUACAAUAAAUGCGGGCCUCGACGAGAUCGACUCCAUGCUCGACGCUCUAGGUGGCGACGCGCGGCGCAUGAACGCGCAGGUGCGGCGCCAGAACUCGCGCCUCGGCGUCAUGAACGAAGCACUAGAAGAGAGCGAGGCGCGGACCGCGCGCGUCAACGCCCGCGCGCGGCACAACGUCGGCUACUACGGGCGGCCCGACCUCUAGACCUGUUGUGUGGUUCUUGACCCCUUGUAAAGCUUCUUACCUAGUAUACCAUAUCCCGCCGACGGGAUACGUUGCCUAGGCCUUCAGAAAGGGCUCACAUUACACCACAGGGCGCCGCGCGGGCGCCU